AUGCCGAUCAUGGCCGCGGCCGCUAGCUUCGCACUCGUCUGUGCUGUCUACGGGCAACCGCUCUCGGCGUCGGACUCCGGUUCCUCGCACGACCAGGUGCUGCGCACCGUCCACCUGGAGGAUUGCCCAUCGGAGAUUGAAAAGUCUGGAAACUACAUCGUGCCCCCACAACCAAAUGCCCCCAACGGUGCCGCAUACGAGCCGACUUGCCAGACUCGCAUCCGCGUGCCAGAAGGACACGUCGUGAAGAUUCACUUUCCCGACAAAGACUUCUACUGCCGUGCCUAUCGGCCACUGCAGGGGCUAAAGGGACCGGGAAGCUCACUUAUCGGCCUCUACCUCCGGUUAGGUAUCGACAGCACUGAGAUCUUCUCGCGCGGCAUCGCCGAGCGCGGCGAGGGCGAGCUGUUCAACAUGUGCACCAACCCGGAAGACCAGGCCAUCCUGCACGCGGGCCACCACGAGCUGUUCCACAUCCGCCACCCGACGCGGCCCUUCCAAGUGCGCGUCAAAUUCGUCCGCACCACCCUCCAAUGUGGUGGUCGCGUCGGGCUCGACCAGCUCGAUCUGCCACUGAUGGUGGUGAACAACGCCCCAAGCAAGAAGGACUGGCUCGGUCGCCAGACCUGUCUGCUUUACCUGCCCGGCAUGAUCCACCUCGUCGUCAUGGCCGGAGCUAAGGACGCCGGACCGCUCGGAGAGUGCAACACCCAGCUGAUCUUCCAGCAGGGCAACCACGUCAAGAAGCUCCGCCGCCAGACACGCAUGUGCUACCCGGAGACCACCAACCAGAAGCUCCAAAUCACGUGCAACGCCGGCUCGAUGCGCAUGCUUUCCAUGACCGGCACCACCGCCGAGUUCAUGCUCACCACACAGCCCCAGGACGGCAUCGACUCGAAGGAGUUCAAGCUUGUCGAGUGCAAG